UGCCUCUUUUAGCCCUCCUCCUUCAACUCUCCACGCACUUUCCCACCCCACUUCUCAGCCAAUUCCAUAACGCAGCACGCCACGGCGGUUACCCGCUCUCUCUCUCUCUCUUGGGAGUUACUAUUUUUUACUCCUCUUCCUUCUCUUUCUCUCCACGCGCUUCCCUUCUCAAACAAAUAAAAACUAGUACAAACAAACACAAUUCCCCAGGAAAAAGGUACACAAAAACAUGCCACCAGAGAAUGAACCAGCACCAUUACCAACCAACUUACCAAGCAAAUCACCCAAACACCAAAUUCCUUUUCUUCCUCUUUCUUUCUGACUCGCUCUAGACUCGCUUCCUAACCCGAACAGUCCUAUUUUAGCUUACCACUUGCCCAUUUUUUAUUCAAUUCAACCAGUCAGUUACUCGCCCCACGAAUUGAUGGAAGAUAAACGACUCGGAGAGGAACUCACCUUUCCGAUCCUGCUUGCUGAACGACUUCGCUCCGCUGUCGACGAGGCUGAUUCAUUCAAGCUUGAGUGUGCUAAUAUAGGUAAUUACGCCGGUUUGCUUCUUGAGAAACUACGCUCGCUUGUCCGGUUCACUUCUUCUACUCAGUCGUUCUAUGAACGGCCGGUUCGCCGUAUUGUCGCCGAGGUUUGUAAGAAUCUCGAGCGUGCCCUAACCCUAGUCCGUAAGUGUAAGCGCCGGAGUGUGCUUCGUCGGGUUGUUACGAUUAUCAGUGCCGCUGAUUUUCGGAAAGUGUUAAAUCAUCUAGAAGCUUCUGUUGGUGAUGUUAAAUGGCUUGGCAGUAUUUUAGGCUUUGAUAAUGGAGGUGAGGAUGGUCUUUUAGGCUUUGGUAAUGGAGCCGAGGAUGGUGGUAUUGUUCUUACUCUACCGCCAACUGCAAGUAAUGAUCCAAUUCUUGCUUGGGUUUGGUCUUCUAUAGCUUCUAUUUAUGGGCGACCAUUGCCUGAAAAAAUUGAAGCUGCUAAUCAACUUGCAUCGCUUGCUCAAGAUAAUGAUCGGAACAAACAAAUUAUUGUCGAAGAAGGUGGAGUGCCGCCGUUUUUGAAGCUUUUAAAAGAGACUGGUUCGCCGGAGGCACAAAUUGCGGGAGCCAACGCAUUGCUGUACUUGGCUAAUGAUCAAGAGAGAGUAAGGACUAUUGUGAACGAACAAGGGGUUCCGCUUAUAGUUAAGGUUUUGGCGGAUUCUCCGAUGAGGGUUCAAAUUCUGAUGGCUGGUUUGGUGGCAAGAAUGGCGGAGCAUGAUUCACUUGCCCAGGAUGAUUUUGCAAGAGAAAAUGCUAUUCGACCGCUUGUUACAUUGCUCUCUUUCGAGACUUUCUCCGACGAUCAAAUGUUUCAGUCCGGUAAGCAGAGUAUCCAUUCUAUCUUUCAAAUUAAUAAAGAGAUGGAGAAAAACUCAAUAAGUGGAUUGAAGAAUAAUAUUAAUCAUCAUCAUAGGCCAUAUACGAAUUCAUUUUCGAGUUUUCAUUCGGAAGGAAGCAGCAGGGGAGGAAAUAGGAAAGAGAGGGAAAAUGAGAGUCCUGAAGUUAAGCUUAAGUUGAAAAUUAGUUGUGCAGAGGCUUUAUGGAUGCUUGCUAGUGGAAGUGUGUCAAAUAGUAAAAGGAUAACGGACACAAAGGGGUUGCUUUGUCUGGCAAAAUUGGUUGAAAAUGAAGAAGGAGAGUUGCAAUAUAAUUGCUUGAUGACUAUAAAGGAGAUAGCUGCAGCAGCUGAAUCUAAUGCUGAUCUUAGACGUGCAGCUUUUAGAACUAAUUCCCCUGCUGCAAAGGCUGUUAUUGAUCAACUCUUGAGGGUAAUUAAAGAAUUAGAUAAUCCGAGAUUGCAAAUUCCUGCCAUAAAAUCGAUUGGUUCUUUGGCUAGGACUUUUCCAGCUAGAGAGACUCGAGUCAUUGGUCCUUUAGUUUCUCAUCUUAGUAAUAAGAACCAAGAAGUUGCAACAGAAGCUGCCAUAGCACUAGGGAAGUUUGCUUGUCCUGAUAAUUUCCUGCGUGAUGCACAUUGUAAGGCUAUCGUGGAGUUCAAUGGGGUACCGCCUUUGAUGAAGUUGCUGAGGGGGAAUGAAAGAGCACUAGUGAAUGGAUUGAUUCUCCUCUGUUAUCUUGUAUUACAUGCUGGCAAUAAUGAGGCUUUGGUGCAAGCUAGGGUGUCGACUGCCCUUGAGGGGGUAGAACAAGAACGGACAGUGGUUGCACAACAUCCUGAGUUGAGAGAAUUGGUGAACAAGGCAAGAUAUCACACCAACCUCUAUCAUACUGGCACUAAUUCUCAAAGAUUUUCGUAAGUGCUUUAAACGCGGGUUAGGUGAGUCAAUAUUUUUUUGGAAAUUAUUUUGAUGUUAAUAGUUGAACCAGGCUGAUGCAUUUUAAGGACAAGGCGUACAGAAACAUAGAGUUGGAUUCAAUAGGAGAAUGAUAGUUGAUUAAAAUAGUUGGUAAAAUUUGUUUGUUACUUUAUAGUUGAAUCAACUUGAUAUCAAAUUUAACCAGUCUUCUCUCCCAAUUUAUCCAGUUUAUUUUAUUAUUUGAUUUUUAGCAA